AUGGUUCUCUUCGGUGGUCGUCGUCCUAUCAAUGUGAUGUCCAAGAAGGAAGCAUCAAAGGCUCUUGCUCAAAGGGCUAAGGCAAACAUCAAGAAGAAGGACAAGUCAGACAUCAAUGAGCCUGACUUUGACAUUCCGCGUGAGAUUUGCUCUUUUAUCAACCCCAUCAAGGAGAAGAUAAAAGCCGUUGAGUAUGACAUCAAAAACGACAAGCCCGUCAUCAAGCCUACGAUGGAAAAGAUGAGCGACUCGGACAUCCGAGAACUCAAGGGCAUCUUUGAAGCAGACAAGGGACAGAACAAACGCAUCAAUACCGAAGACAAGUUGGUUGCUGGUGCUCAUCUCACAAUCAAAGAGAUAAAGAAGAUAGAUGAAAUUGGUCAUUUGUAG